AUGGAAAACGUUGAUUUAACAUUAGUAAGCAAUGAAUCAUGGGUUGAUCUCUAUAGAGAAUGUGUUACUAAUCCCCAAGUUAUGAAAAAAAAGUUAGCUCUUUUGUAUAAAAGAAAAUCAGAAAUUCCUGAGGCUGUAAAAAUUUUAUCAGUUCAUGACAUGAUAGCUUCUAUUACAAAUAGUGAAUUUCUAGAAAAACGUGAAGGAACUAAAAUUGCAGCUAAUUUUUAUUAUUCUAUUGGUCCAAAUUUGUUUAGAAAAACAUUUGGAAAUGCUAUAUUAAAUAUUAAGUCUGAUACACAUUAUAAAAGAUAUGCAGAACUUUUGAUUAGUACAUUUAGUUUUGUUAAAAGUACUGUUAGCAAUUGUUCUUUAGAAGAACAAGAUAGAGAGAUAGAUAUAUUUAUUGCUUUAGUAGUAUCUAAAAUAUUUGAACUUGCUAUUUUUGCUGAGGACAGUAAUAUUCAAAACAAAUUUAUGAAUUUGUUUGAAGCUAUUUGUGAUAAAAGUAGAGAAGUUUCAAAAACUAAUGGUAACGCUGUGAAAGGCAAUAUUAUUAAUAAUGCACAACUUUUGCUAUACAAGGGUACUCUUGAGUUUCUAUGGCUUGAUUAUUCAUUACGUCAUAAGUUGGAUCGUCUUAAUACUGCAAUUAUGUUAACACACAUGUUUCCAAUAAAUCCAAAACUUAAGGUUGAUUCAUCUGAUGUUGAGACUUGUUUUAUGCUCCAAGUUACAGCAUUAAAAAGACUUAUUAUGGAUCCUUUUGUUCCAAUAAGAGCAUUUCUUGCCAAAGAAUUUCUGGGCGUUUUAGGUAGAGGAUGGUUUCAACUUGAUGGUAGUGAUCUUCGUGAAAUUAUUUCAUUAUUUAUUGAUAAACUUUCAAACGAAAGUGUUGCAAUCGUACGUGCCAAAGUUUAUGAUGGAAUAGGACUUUUGAGUGCUUAUCCAUUUACAGGAUCUUGUAUUGCAAAGAUCAUGAGGAUGAAAAUUCCGUUUAUUUUACGCGACGCUGAUAAGUCUGCAAAAUCAGCUGGAUUAAAUUGUCUGGAUAUCUUGCAAUCUAAUGAAGUAAUAACUUUGGAUACAAAUGAUAUUAAAGAAUUUAUAAUUGUUCUUGAAGUGGAAAAAGAUAUGUCAAUUGUUAGGAGGAUUGUAAGACUUAUUGUGAAACCACUUUUCGAUCAUUUUUUUGAAGAUGAAAAAGAUAUUGAUAAGUACCUGAAUGUUUUUAAAGAACACUUUACUAAAAACAGGUUUGCAAAUUAUCUCUUUCAUAAAUGGAUUCAAAUGGAUAAUUUAUUAAAUAUAAAUGCUAUUUUGAAGCAUGUACGUAAUUUAAUGCAUCACUCAUUAACGCUUCUUAUGGGUAACUUAAGGCAGGAGUCUUCUUUAUCAGACUUAACUCCUUAUGAAGCAUCUCAGUUAAAAUCACAACAAUCUGAAAAUCUUGAUGUCGUGAAUUCUUUUAUAGAAGCUGCUGCCACAUUAUAUGAUAAAGGAAGAAAACAACUUGUAACUUUAAAUAAAAAAAAAGCUAUAGAAACGUUAGAUAAUUAUGUUUUGAAACUUCAUUCAAUAGCAAAGGAUAAGUAUAAAAAUAGCCAAGUUUACCAAACAAUAAUGACUCUUUUGGAAUAUGUUGGUAACGACGCAGCAUUGGAUGAACGUAUUAGAAUGCUUCGCUCUAUUGAAAAUUUUGGAGCUUCAGAGGAUGUUGUUAUGGAAUACUUUGAUAGAUGUAUUCAUCAUAAACCAUUGGAAAUUUUGGAUUUUAUUAAUAAAGGAACAGAUAUAAUUAAAUAUGAUAACAAAAUAAAAAAUCCUAAUGGCUUAAAUUAUUUUGAGAAGAUUAUGGAUUAUUGUGCAAAACUUUUCUAUUCAACAAAAACACGAAAUCUUAUUAUGAAAGAAUGGAUGUUUUAUGUAGAACAUUGGACAACUAAUUUAGAGUCUAUUUUAUCAAUACUUGAAUCACGCUGUCAAAUAUCUAAUGGAGAAGAAUUCUUUUUUAGUGAUGAUCUUAUAAUAAAAACACUUAAGAUUAAAUUUAUCUCUUCCAUAAUUAUCGACUGCCAUAAAAAUAGCUCUAUCCGUGCUGUUUCUGAAAAUAACUCAGAAGAAUUUUCAUAUAAGGCUUGGCAAUUUUGGAUGCAAUUUCAUUCUGUUAUCGAAAGACACUAUACAAAAACAAGUUUUGCUUCGGAAAAUGAUGGAGUAUUUAAGGAAAAAUUGUUUCUCUUUGGUUUGGAAACUUUUAAAGAAUUUUGUACUUGUUAUGAAUUUAAUGAUUUUUGUGUUCAACAGACAAGUUCUUGGCUUAAUACACUAAACAAUGUUAAUGCUCCUGAGACAAUACUUAUUUCACUAUUAAAAAUUUAUCCUGAGAUUAUUGAUGCAAUGUAUCAUGGACCAGAUCUUUAUGAUUCAAUUCGAAAUGUUCUUUAUCAUUAUCUCAUUGAUAUUAAACCAUGGAUAUUCGAAUGUGUCAGUACAGAAGAUGAAUCAUCACAGAAAAUGUUCAAUGAAAUAACUCGCUUAUGGGGAGUAAUAAAUAAUAAAUUUAAAUCUCUUGUAUUGCUAAACUUAAGCCCAUUAGAGCUUGAUCUUUAA